UGGUUGAAAUAUUUAAAAAAUCUACUAUUUCUCUGUCAUUAAAAAAAGAAAGUUACAGACGUGUGGUAGUCUUUCAUGAAGCGCCUGCUCGCUGCCACAGGGAGACGCACUGUGGUGUUGUAGGCCUGCAGACACGAGUGCAGUCAACAUGUCGAGGAAACAGACGCACAAAUCUUUGCGGAGCAAUAAAAAGAGUGAAUUGGAGCGCAAGAGGGAUGAAAGGGCAGUGCGCCGGGCCAUCGCAAAAGACCGCAAGAACCGCCCUCAGGAUGGCGAUGAAGGUGCAGAGUUUGUCAGUUUCUCCAAUCAGCUGCAAGCACUGGGGCUCAAGCUGAGAGAAGUCCCUGGAGAUGGGAAUUGUCUGUUCAGAGCUCUAGGCGACCAGUGAGGUCACUCCCGGGGCCACCUGCGUCUUCGCCAGGAAACUGUUGAUUAUAUGACAUCCCAUCGACAAGACUUUGAGCCCUUUGUUGAGGAUGACGUUCCCUUUGCACAGCACUUGGCCAAUCUUUCUCAGCCUGGUACUUUUGCUGGAAACGAUGCCAUUGUGGCGUUUGCUCGCAGUCAACAGGUGAAAGUGGUUAUCCAUCAGCUCAACACUCCACUGUGGGAGAUCAACGGUUCAGAGAAGCAGGUGUGCCGAGAGCUGCACAUUGCCUACCGCUAUGGAGACCAUUAUGACAGCGUGAGACGGAUAGGAGACAACUCUGAGAGUCCUGCUCAGCUCCGCAUAGAGAAUAUGCAG